AUGGAUAACUCUUCUGAAGACUUUCUGUUUGUUCUUCAUGGAUUGAAUGAUACAAGGACAAACAAACAAAUUUACUUUGUGUUCACUCUCCUCCUUUACCUCUUGACUAUUUCUGUGAAUUUAACAGUGGUAGCAGCAAUUUGUCUUGAGAAAAUGCUGCAUGAUCCUAUGUAUCUGUUCAUAUGCAGUCUCUGUGUUAAUGAAAUAUACGGUGCUUCUGGUUUCUACCCAAAGCUGCUUGCUGACUUUUUGUCGGAUUCUCAAGUUAUUUCAUACAUUGGGUGCUUGAUGCAAAUAUUUGUGAUUUAUAGCUAUGUCUUCUGUGAAUUCACAAAUCUUACAGUGAUGGCCUAUGACAGGUAUGUAGCUAUCUGUAGGCCACUAGAAUAUCGAUCCAUCAUCACACCUUGGAGAGCUGGGAAAUUAUUGCUUCUUACAUGGUUUAUCUGUCUGUUAGAGGCUGCCAUAAUGGCUGGAUUAACAAGCACACUUCCCAUUUGUGGUUCUGACAUUGACAAGCUUUACUGUUCAAACGUGGCAGUUGUAAAACUUGCUUGCACAGACACAACUUUGAACAAAUCAUUUGGGUAUAUCUUAAUGAUUUUUUAUAUUUCCCAAGCCAUUUUUGUUGUGAUUUCGUACAUUUACAUUGUUAAAGCUUCCCUGAAAUCUAAGGCAGGAAGGGCAAAGUUCAUGCAGACAUGCUUGCCACAUUUAAUUACCCUCAUUAACUUUACAAUUGCCCUGAUCUUUGAUAUACUCUAUUCACUUUAUGGCAACAGUCACAGUCUCUAUUAUUUGCGCAAUUUCUUGGCAGUGGAUUACCUUAUCGUGCCUCCACUGUUAAACCCCAUCAUUUAUGGUAUGAAACUGACUCAAAUCCGUAAUGGAUUAUUGAAACUUUGGGGUCAGAAAAUAAGAGCCGUGACAUGA